CUUCGAGUGACGUAAACACAUCAGCUCAGCCAGUGGCGCUUCAAAACAGGCUCUGAUUUGAACUGGUUUCAGGAAAAUGGCUUGCUCAAGUGAUGAGAUCAACAAAACGGAUGAGUCUGAGGAUGAAAUUCCACAACUCAUUCCUAUUAUUGAGCCUGCUCCCAUGUUGCCUGCUGUUGAGGACAAGAAAAGAGAAGAAACUAUUAUGUGUCCAAUUGAAAACCAUAACCAGUUUGAUCAGGAAACUUGUGUUGGCAAGCUUGACAGUAACACUGUGAAAAGAAAUGCUGAAACUCAACAGGAAUGUCAGGAAUUAGAAUUAGAAAUCCACCAUGAAAUGCACAGUGAAGAUCAAGAUCCUUCAAGGGAAGUUGAAAAAGUGGCAACUGGUCCCCCGCUUAAGAAGAAGAGAAGACUGGGGAUGUGUAGUGUGAUAAAAAGGGAGCAAACUCAUAGUUUGCAGAACAUUGAAAUGGUUCCAGAAUGUGACCUGAAAGCGGAUCAAUCAUCUGACCUGGAGGCCACAGGAUCUAAGAUUGAUCCCCAGGCCAGUGAGGGAGAACCACUUGAGAGGGUGGAAACUGGAGGUGUUGACGAUGUUCCUGGUGGGACCGCCUUAGUUUCUUAUGUGAAUAAAUCCUGUGAAGAUCACAUCAAGGACAUGUCAUGUCCAGUUGAAACAAAUCCUGGUGCGUCAGUAGAGCUGAUGGAGGAAGUGACUGAGCAAAGUUUGGGGAAUGGGUGCAGUACUGCUUCGUAUAAUAAGCCAUCAGAUGUUGCUGAGGAGAAGAUGGAUGACAGUGAAGCUGUUUAUGUAGAGCUGCGACUUGACACAGUUGAGCAUACCAGCAGAAUGCCGGUGGAUGGAGCUCAUACGGGUCCCAACAUUCUUAAACCUUCUGAUGCUGAGAAUACUGUUGAUGAACCUGGCUCUGGUCUUGCUAUGAACACAGACCAUCUUGUGAAAGAGACCAAUGACCAGUUUGGGCCUGAAGCUGAUCACUAUGUGUCAGACUCGCAGCUGAAUGAGGCUUGGGUGGAGGAAGCGCUGCCAUGUGAUGAAAGUCCAUCUGCUUACAUUGAAGAUGCCACAGAGCUGGUCUGUGGGUUGAUCCAAGAGCUGUCCUAUCUGAAUCUGACAGUCAUGUCUGCCCAUCGGGAGCUGGAGAACCUACGCCGUGGUGGCAGUCGGGCUUCAAGAAAACCAAAGUGACCUUUUGUUCUUCAAGGUUCAAAGUUCAGAUAUUGGUUAUUGAAUGGAAUCUUGUUCAAAUGUCCAUGUUAUGCGUUCAAUGCGUCGCUUAGGUAUUUUGUAAAUAAUAUAUGCUCCGACUUGUGUGUUAGUCAUGCGGGGGACAUAAAAGAAACAAACACAAAACGUUUAACCAACGAGUGUAUUAUUCACUUCCAUCCCACACAGACGUUAUUAAAGCAUCAUGCAAAUAUAACAAAUAAAAAAAACACAUCAAACGACAUGCUCACUUCAAAGGCAUUAUUUCCGGUCUUCUAAAAUGUUUAAAUGAGGUCAGUAAAAUCUUUCCUUGAUCAUGUUUGUACAGGUACGGUGUAUGGACAUGGUUUUCCAAGUCUUUAAAAUAAACGCAUGUGUCUCUCUCCAAACGAACACACACAAAACCCUGAAACGUAUGAACAAACUUGACCCAGAGUAGGACUUUCACGCGCCCUUGACGUAGAUAGAACUGUAGGCAGGGUCCACUUCGGGGCAGAAGCGCUUGGUGUGCGCCCUGGCACCGGAAGCGCCACACAGCGGACACACGUAUUUGCGCAGGUAGGGACACACAAUCUCCCCGCUUCGGUUCUUGAGCCAGUGGGAACUGUAGACCUGCGGAGAUUCUCCGUUGUGUUUGCAGAAACUGCACAUCAUGCGCGCGGAGGGUGGCGCCUUUGAGUCUCCUCCGUCGCGACAAAUUCUGCUCCUGCGGUUCUUCGAUCCUCGCCGGCGUCUCGGAACCGACACCCCGUUGACGUCACUGGCGGCUGGCCUUGCUCGACGAGUGAUUGGUGGCUCGCAGUUGGGAACGCGCGCGGGAGGACUUGGCGAAACUCCUCCAGACGGAUCGGACGUGUCAAUGCGCCAGCUGCCCAAGGCGGCGCACACAUCGUCCACGCUCCCCGGUGGCUCCGCGGCAGGUUUCAGACCCAAAAUA